AUGGCUGGCGGCGAAACCUUCGAAUUCCAGGCUGAGAUCUCUCAGCUGCUCUCCCUCAUCAUCAACACCGUCUACUCCAACAAGGAGAUCUUCUUGCGAGAGCUUGUUUCCAACUGUUCCGAUGCUCUCGACAAGAUCCGCUAUGAGGCUCUCUCCGACCCAAGCAAGCUUGAGUCUGGCAAGGACCUCCGUAUCGACAUCAUCCCCGACAAGGAGAACAAGACCCUCACCAUCCGUGAUACCGGUAUCGGUAUGACCAAGGCUGACCUUGUCAACAACCUGGGUACGAUCGCCCGAUCUGGCACCAAGCAAUUCAUGGAGGCUCUCACCGCCGGUGCUGAUAUCUCCAUGAUUGGACAAUUCGGUGUCGGUUUCUACUCUGCAUACCUCGUUGCCGACCGCGUCACUGUCGUCUCCAAGAACAACGAUGACGAGCAGUACAUCUGGGAGUCCAGCGCUGGCGGCACCUUCACCCUCACCCCCGACACCGAAGGCGAGCCUCUCGGCCGUGGUACCAAGAUCAUCCUCCAGCUCAAGGAUGAGCAGACCGACUACUUGAACGAGUCCAAGAUCAAGGAGGUCAUCAAGAAGCACUCCGAAUUCAUCUCAUACCCCAUCUACCUCCACGUCCAGAAGGAGACCGAGACCGAGGUCCCUGAUGAGGAGGAGGAGACCAAGGAGGAGGAAGGUGAUGAGAAGAAGGCCAAGAUUGAGGAGGUUGACGACGAGGAAGAAAAGAAGGAGAAGAAGACCAAGAAGAUCAAGGAGACCAAGAUCGAGGAGGAAGAGCUCAACAAGCAAAAGCCCAUCUGGACCAGAAAUCCUCAGGACAUCACCCCCGAGGAAUACGCUGCCUUCUACAAGUCCCUCUCCAACGACUGGGAGGACCACUUGGCUGUCAAGCACUUCUCCGUCGAGGGUCAACUCGAAUUCCGCGCCAUCCUCUUCGUUCCCAAGCGUGCUCCCUUCGACCUGUUUGAGACCAAGAAGACCAAGAACAACAUCAAGCUUUACGUCCGCCGUGUCUUCAUCACUGAUGAUGCCACUGACAUCAUCCCCGAGUGGUUGAGCUUCGUCAAGGGUGUUGUUGACUCUGAGGAUCUCCCUCUCAACCUGUCUCGUGAGACUCUUCAACAGAACAAGAUCAUGAAGGUCAUCAAGAAGAACAUCGUCAAGAAGGUUCUCGAGCUCUUCUCCGAGAUUGCCGAGGACAAGGAGCAGUUCGACAAGUUCUACUCUGCCUUCAGCAAGAACAUCAAGCUCGGUAUCCACGAGGACUCCCAGAACCGUGCCGCUCUUGCCAAGCUUCUCCGAUUCAACUCUACCAAGUCUGGUGAUGACAUGACCUCCCUCACCGACUACGUUACCCGUAUGCCCGAGCACCAGAAGAACAUGUACUACAUCACCGGCGAGUCUCUCAAGGCCGUCUCCAAGUCACCCUUCCUCGACUCUCUCAAGGAGAAGAACUUCGAGGUUCUCUUCUUGGUUGACCCCAUUGAUGAGUACGCCAUGACUCAACUCAAGGAGUUCGACGGCAAGAAGCUUGUUGAUAUCACCAAGGACUUCGAGCUCGAGGAGACCGAGGAGGAGAAGAAGACCCGUGAGGCCGAGGAGAAGGAGUACGAGGGUCUCGCCAAGGCUCUCAAGAACGUCUUGGGUGACAAGGUUGAGAAGGUUGUUGUCAGCCACAAGCUCAUCGGCGCUCCUUGCGCCAUCCGUACCGGCCAAUUCGGUUGGUCCGCCAACAUGGAGCGUAUCAUGAAGGCCCAGGCCCUCCGUGACACCUCCAUGAGCUCUUACAUGUCCUCCAAGAAGACCUUCGAGAUCUCACCCCGAUCACCCAUCAUCAAGGAGCUCAAGAAGAAGGUUGAGGCUGACGGCGAGAACGACCGAACCGUCAAGUCCAUCACUCAACUCCUCUUCGAGACCUCCCUCCUCGUCUCUGGUUUCACCAUCGAGGAGCCCGCUGGAUUUGCCGAGCGCAUCCACAAGCUUGUCUCCCUUGGUCUGAACGUUGAUGAGGAGCCGGAGACCGCCGAAGAGACGGCCGCCGAGGCCGCUACCGGUGAUGCUCCAGCUGAGAGCGCGAUGGAGGAGGUCGACUAG